AUGUCAAUUUUGGAAUAUUCGGGAGCACUCGCAGCACAAGGAAGAGCAUCCUGGAAGAACGUGCACAACUGUAAACUAUGCCCCUACUUUUCAACAUCAUUUUUCCUUAUGUUGAACCACGUGAGACGACACCGUUCAUCUCUGGAAAAAUUCAUGUGUGAAAAAGCCAAAAUUGAAGCCUAUUUUUGUAAAGAUUGCAAAUUUAAAACAAAAUUAACGCUUCAGUUCAAAAAGCACAUUAAUAAACAUCACGGAAUUAACAAAGAAUCUAGAAAAGGUUCAUCAAGUAACGAUUUUCGUAUACGAACCUACGUUUGCAAUAAAUGCAACUUUGAAACAAAUCUCUCAUUAAAAAAGAUUCAGCAUAGUUCAGAAUGUACAAGAAAGAAGCAAAAUCUUCAAAGUGUGAGUUUUCCAAACGAGAGCGGCACAUUUAAUUCCGAUUUCAAGCAAAUCAAUAAAAUACGUUGGCAUAAUUGCGCUGAAUGUACCUACCAGGGUAAAUGCAAAAAUAAUGCACUACAUCAUGUAGCAGAUUGCCAUUUAUCAAAGCGCUAUGCAUGUGAAAAGUGUCCAUUUAAGUGUAGAUGGAAAUCGACUUUCAGAGUCCACCUAAACCAAAAGCACUUAGCUGAAGAACACGUUGAAUGGUACAAGUGCGAUAAAUACCCAUUCAAGGCGAAAAACAGAACUUAUUUAAAUAGGCACACAAAGGACAAAUACUUGAAAGACGAAGACGUUAAGUGGUACAAUUGCAAUGAGUGUCCUUACAGAACUAAGUAUAAAUCUUCACUAAAGACACACGUAAUUGCAAAACAUCUAGAUGAUGAACAAAUUAAGUGGUACGAAUGUAAACAAGUAUCGAGUUUAAAAACUCACAUAAAAAUUAAACAUUUGAACGAAUAUUACGAAUGUGAAGAGAAUGCUCGUACAAAACUAAAACAAGAGCUAAAUUAA